GUCAUCGCUGCUCUGCUAUCGCUGACGCUCCCAUUAUAAAAGACAAGUGGCUUCAGGGCAGAUGUGCCCUCUUCUUCCAAACCUCCGUUAGCCAAUCCGUCAUGGAUUCUGAAGUGGCGCUCCAGGACCUCUGCUCGCGAGUUAUUCAACAGUUGCGCCAAAUCAGGGCGGAUCUCGUACACCUGACGGAGAAAUAUUUGGAGACCCAUGGGUUUCACGACUUACCGCACUUUGACAUACAUGGAGGGAGCGCAUCCAUGGGCUCGGACAGCUGGAUGAAAAUGGCUAUGGAGGAACGAUUGCUGGCCAACAUCACUGCCUACAUAAAACUGGAGAGACGGCUAACGCAAGUGAUAGAAGAGCAAGCAGAAAGUCUUCUACAGGGAGAGGGAGACCUACACGGGGGUCUCCAAAACCUAAUGGAACAAGUGUCGUCUCUAAGGGCACAGUUGGAGUACCUUGGGACCACCAUUGGUGUGAAGAUGGAGUCAGAUGAGGGCACUGAUGAAUUUGAUGGAGAAUCAGGAAGUAUGUUCGAGAGGAAGGUCAGGGGCUAUCAUGUCCUGAGAGAGCUGUCCAUGUGGGCAGUGAGAAGUGUCAGGGACGUACGGAAGUUGCAGAGGGAGCAGAAGUUGGCCAACAAGACUGAAACACCCUCUGAAGGAAGUGGUCAAUGAAGGGCUUGGGAAACUUUAGAAAGGGGAAUGAAGAGGGCCUAGGAGAACAACAUUUAAAGAACACCUGUGCUUCAGCAAUAAACAUAAUGCUGACAUAGGAGGGUAGGAAGCAAAUUCUGUACUUGAUGUUACAGUAAUGGCUUUAUUGUAU